AUGAAUGCGCCAGCAGUAGCUCCAAAUGGGGCAGCAGACGCACGCGACCCAUCUGGCUUCCUGAGCGAAAUUAUUGGCGCGCCUGUGACCGUGAAACUGAACUCGGGCGUGGUUUACAAAGGCGAGUUGCAAUCAGUCGACGGAUACAUGAACAUCGCUCUGGAGCAGACUAAGGAGUAUGUGGAAGGCAAGCUUAGACGAAGCUACGGUGAUGCGUUUGUCAGAGGCAAUAAUGGUAGAACAUUGAUCUAA